AUGGCUGCCACAGCGGCAGCGCCGGCUGCUUGGCGGGGAACCAACGAUAGCGCGACAACAGAGUUCUGCCGUCGAGGCAACACGCCCGCCACGUAUGGCAGGUACCACCAGCGAAACAAUGCACCAUAUGCCACGCCACCCUCUAAUACCGAAAGAACAACACCCCUCCACCGGUGGUACGGCGCGACGGGCGGAGAAAGCACGCCGAGUACGCCGGGUGGCGGGCCCGAGCGGCGUCGGCGGGCUUCGGGCUCGGGUUCGUCUCGCUCCGAGUCCUCGUCUCCUGAGCCCAGUGACACGUCUCGCGGGUCUACGCCGCCUCCGCCUGCUCACCACGCCCACAACAACCAUCGGACCCCGUCCACGCAUCCACACCAGUGGGCAUCGACAGCUAACGGAAGACCUCUUGCAAUAUGCGUUAGAAAUCUACCGACGAGGUCGACCGAUAGUUCCCUCAAAGACGGCCUUUACCACGAAUACAAGAAGCAUGGUAAAGUGGUGUGGGUGAAGGUGGUCGGUCAGAACGCCGAUCGCUAUGCGGUGGUCCGAUUCAAAAAACCGUCCGACGUAGAAAAGGCACUCGAAGUGUCACAAGAUAAACUUUUUUUUGGUUGCAAGAUCUCUGUGGCCCCUCACCAAAGUUGCGAUGAUGACGCCGAGUCGGCGAAACCCUACGAGACUGAUAUUGAUGAAUACCACCCCAAGGCGACGCGAACGUUAUUCAUCGGAAACCUAGAGAAGGAUGUAACCCAACAGCAGUUGCGAGACAAGUUCAAGCACUUCGGCCGCAUCAUAGAGAUCGACAUCAAGAAGGGCAGUGGCGGAGGGGCCGGCUAUGCCUUCUGCCAAUAUGCGUCUAUAUCGAGUGUGGUCGAAGCUAUUAGGGCCAUGGACGGCGAGUACGUGGGCAGUUCCAGGGUCAAACUCGGCUUUGGGAAACCUGUCGCCACUACUUGCGUUUGGGUCGACGGGCUCACGGAACACACGGAGAAGCAGGUCUUAGCGGCAGUAUCCCGAUGCGGCGCUGCCACCUCUGUCUGCGUGGAUCGAGCAGCGGGCGCAGCGCUGGUUCACUUCGAGCAGGCGGCCGCCGCAGGAGCAGCUGUGAGGGAGCUGAGACGCCUGGCCGCGCAUUUGUCGGCUGCUGAGCCUGACCAGCCGAGACUUUGCGUGGACUAUGCGUCGAGGGAGUGCCAGGAUGCAUUUUAUGAACAACUUGAAAAGCAUGGAGGUUCAUCAUCCCUGACCAGCUCUGAGCGCCUGGGUACUGACUUAUCGGGAAGAUACGUGCCUACCGCCAGGCACGAUCAACUCAGGUACGAAAGUGGUACAUCACGAUCUCGCGCUCCUAGCUUUGGUCGAAGCUCUUCCAGAACACCUCGGUACAACCACGACCAUUACGAUCCGACCGACUACGCAGCUGAUAGACGAUACAGGGUACACGAGGAAUUAGGGUCGAGUCCGCCUACCGAUGAAGCUCCCUACGAAGAUCGACUGCAGUCUGUGGUUGUGUCGCCCCAUCGUGCUCACAAACAUCGUCAUGAUUCAAGUCCAGAAGAUAGAAAGCAUUCUAAAGAAAGACAUCGUAGCGUCGGUGGCAGUUCAAGAAGAUCUCGUUCGGGGUCGCGCGGUGAAAGGCAUAUUUCUCGCCGAAGACAUCGUAUUAAACGGCGCGACGGUUCGGGAUCUCGCGGUUCUCGCACAUCGCGGGCUGGUACUCCACUACGAGACGAACCCGACGCCGUGCCCACGGAGCCCCGACGGCCUCCCCGCGAACGACCCCCUCUGCCCAUGCUGCUGCCGCUGCCCAAGUUCGCCCUUCAAAUGCUGCGAAAUGCCCCGACGAUACCUCGAGUCGUUCCCGCGCCGGCCCCGGCCUCUCCGCCGCGACCCCCGUCCGUCUCUUCCUCGAGCAGUGGCUCCGCUCCGCAUUCCCCGUCACUCGAGGAACGAAUACGAUCUCUCGACGAGAAAUACGAGCGAUGGUCCGGCUCGCGCGCCCACGCCGACGCCCCUGACAGGAGUCGGCUGAGGCACAGGCUUCUAGAACUCGACAUCAACGAAGUGAAACCGUCGGAGGUAGUCCGCUCACUUUUGGCCAAGAGAUCGGUUUUCGACGAAGAUUCAGAACGCCUGGAAGGAGCCGUCAGACCUCCCAGUCCUUGCGGCAGUCCCCGCUCAAUUCUCCAACCGAUGCUACCACGAGCGUUGCGCUAUCCGUUCCCAAGUCAUCCGCCACCUUCCGAUAGCUCUGUAAUAUCUACGGAUACUUCUGUGCCUUCAACCGACAGCGAUCGGUCGGAUCCCCGCUUGUUUCGUUUGUCACAAUCGGACAGUGGCCCUAAACUCGAAAAUGAUAAUUCAUUUGAAGCUCGAUUACGAAUGCGCACUCCGUCAACAGAUAAACCUUAUUUAGAUAAUGGCAAUAGAAGAGAAUCUGAAACAGAUAAUGAACGAGCAGAUAGACGAAGAAAUUCUAUCUUGCUUCAAAGUGACGAUACUAAAUCAUUGGAUUGUGAUUUGAGCAAUGAAAAUUCGCCGCCUCUAUCGCGUCGUCAAAACCAUGAUUUUAAACCUGUAUGUAGCUUUUUUCAAGAUCUUCAGGACAAUCAACAAAAGGAAACAAUGUUUUCUGAAUCUACAGCAAAUUCAAUUGAAGUUCAUAUAAAAACAGAAAAAUUGUAUGACGUCAAAGAUACCGCCGCAGACGUAAAGAAAGAUCUCGAAGACUAUCAGGAUGAAUUACCCUUUUGGGGUUCUAGACGACAUAGUGUUAAGGAUGUUUCACACCAUGAGAAACUGGCAGAAAAGCUACCCAAUAAAUUAGAAAAUUCUCUGAACGUGAAAGCAGAGAAAGUAGCGCUGGAAAAUGUCAACAACGGAAGUCGUGAAAAUACGGAUCAAAUUAAAAUAGAAAUAAAGCAAGAAACAGAAAUAUAUCAAGAAAUAAGUUUAGAAAAUAAAAUAAAUGAAGACAUGGCUAGAAGUGAAUCAAGAACAUUUAACCAUUUAAAAACUUUAAAUUGUAUUGACUUAAAACAAACACAAAUUGAUCCAUACCUUAAUACUCAAUCUUCUGAAAAAAGCGAUAAUAAUGAAAUAAACGACAGUCACCAAAACAAUACACCAAAAUGUGAGAUUCUAAAUAAUACCUUGAUACAUGAUAAAACGGAUAAAGACCCAAUAGAAGUCAACUCUGAAAGAGUAAAAGCAGAUGAUAUAGAAGCACCAUCAUCUGAUUGUAAGACCUUUGACUUAUUGAAAGAUUCAGAAAAUCCUUUGAAAUCUGAUCGUGAGAAAAUAAAACACAUUAAAGACCGCACUGAGAAGGACAAAUGUGAGCUUAGCAAAGAAAGACCACGUAGUAGUAAACAUUCGAAAGUGGAUAGACAUGACAAAGAAAAGAAAGUAAGAGAAGAUUCAACGACUAAACAGAACGCAGAAAAAAGCGAUAAAUUGAAAUCCGAACGUGAUAAUGAUAAAGGUUCUGAUCAUCAUUCAGCCAGGGAUCGUGAUGUGGAAAAGUCGAAGCAAACUGAAGAUACAAAAAUGCGAACCGAUAACCACAAUCAUAAGAAAGACAAAGGAGACAGAAGAAGAGAACUGGUUGAAAUUGACCCUUUUUCAUGUAAAUCUAGAAAAGACGAGAGGCCAAAGCAUGACCGUCAACGGAAGGAUGGUACUGAUAGCAAACGUGAAAAACAAAGAGAAUCUGAAGUGAGCAAAAGUAGGAAAUCUUCAAGAGACGAAUCGUCAAAAGAAAUCACUAGAAAAGAUUCAACAGACUCUUCUGCAUCUCGUACUUCACACGAAUCAGCAAAAAUAAAGGAUUUAGAAACAAUUGAUACAAAAGAAGACGUAAAGCUAAAAAUUAAACAAGAAAAUGAAAUGUUAACUAAACACGAGUCCAAAAUAGCGAUAGAGAUUAAUGACCAAAUAGAUAAAAAAAUUAAAUUAGAAGUGAAAGAAGAAAAACCUCCAAACGAUAUCACUCAUAAAAAUAAAAUACCCGCCACUUCUGAUUAUAUACAAAAAUGCAAGACUGAAAAUGAAAAGCCUCGGCAUUUAUCGUUUGAUUCAACAAAUGUAGAGAAUAAACGCAAAGAGCGUCUCAGUUCAUGUUCCAGUUUACCGUCCAAUAUUGGGGGGCACAAAAGAAGAAUGUCUUCGCAAGACGUCCUUGAAAGUUUGGAUGAGGAAAUAAAAAAGAGUAAAAAUGAUAUAAAAGGUUCCGAUAAACGUGACUUUAAGGAUUCGAAAUCUAACGAUAAGAAUAAGACACCGAAGUUUAAUAAAUGUCAUUUUGCUAAACUGUUUGAAAGUAAGACCAAGGAUGACAAAAAGAAUCAAGUAAAACCACCUGAUGAUUUGUUUACUCCUUUAAAAGAUAGUGAUGCCAAAGAGCUAUCUGAUAAAGUGAAAAGCAAAUCAGAAGAAAAACAUAAGAAAGAUGAAAAGCCAAUGGUAUUUUCUGAAACACGAACAGACGUGCAAAAUAAUUUAGAUUUUCUUGCUAUAUUUGAGUUGAGAUCUAGUGAAGAAGAUGAAAAACAGAGAGCAUUAACUAAUGAAAUGAAAGAAAAGAAAAGAAUUCAACAGUUACAACAAAUUCAAGAGCUCCAAAUGCAACAAGUUGUCCUACAAAAUUCUGAUCUUAGAUUAAAGGAAGAAAAAAGGCAUAAGCACGAUGAAAAGAAAAAAGAAUGCGCUCGUGAGAAACGAAUGUCAACAGAACGGAAAAGUAAAGAUAUUGAUCAAAAAAGAAAAAGCCGAAAGCAAACACAAAGUAGUGAUACCUCGGAUUCAGAUGAACCUAAGAAACAUUCUAUUUUCGAUAUAGUAGAUGAUGGACCUACAUAUAUUUCAAUGUACGACAAGGUUAAGGCUCGAUCGUGUAAAAAUAUGCAAAAACAAGAAGAAGAAAAACGUCAAGAGAAAAUCAAAGCGAAGUUUAGUCAACUAAAACAAAGUAGAGCUAAACGAGAAGAAAAGAAAAGAUCAAGUUGGGAUGAAGAUAGUGAUUCUGACCUCGAGAGACAAAAACAUAUGAAAUCAUCAGUGGAUAGCUCUUCUGAUGACGAAAGAAAUAUGGUUCACAGUCAGAGUAAAAGACAUGAUAAUUUGCAAAGAUCGUCGCUUAAUUAUGAGCGACAUAGCGUCGAUGAUUACUUUAGUCUAACAAGUAAUGAAGAAGAUCUACGGAAUAAACUAUCUCGCAAAAAUUCUCGUACACGAAUUAUGUCUGAUUCAUCGGAUGAAGAAACAAUGAAGAGGGAUAUGAGUCCGAAUCGAAUGGGCGAUUUAAAGAGAGGAUAUUUGUCUGACAAUGGUUCAUUACGCGAAUGUAAAGAUAAACAUAAUUUUAUGAAGGAAUCUACUAUUGAAGACAAAGCUAAGAAAACCUCGCUUCUUAAUUUAUUUGGUAAAAGUGAUAGUGAUGAUAAUAGACUUAAAUCUAAUACUGAAAAUGAUAGUGACUAUAAAACAUCAUUUAGUAAAUUGAUUUGUAAUGAUAUUUCUUCUGAAAACGAAUCUCUGCCUUCAAAGAGCACUUCUAGUGACAUAAGAAAAAAGCAUAGGAAAAAGCAAAAGAAGCAUAAAAUUUCAUUUUCUGAUGAUGAUAAUAAAACGGAAAAUUGCGAUGAAAAUCAUGAUCGAGAUAAACAUAAGAACGAUUCUCUAAGAAGACACAAUAAAAAAAGAAAAACAGAUAAAAGACCAUCUACUGAGAAUCUGCAGGAAUCAUUUACUGGGAAUGCAAAAAGAGAAGGGAAAAUGGAGGAUAUAUUCGGUCCACUGUCGGAAGAUUCAGAUAAUGAACCGAGGAAUAAGUUAGAAAUGUCAGUAGUGGAUUUCGAUUCUAUAAAACUGAAUAAAGAUACCAGUGAUGAUUUAAAAUGCAAAGACAGUAAAAGAAGAAAAGACAGAAAACGAAAAGAUAAGAAACUGUUUUCUAAAGAGGAUGAUAAUAGUUUGGAUGUUGACGCAGUAAGCAAAGCAAUAGAAGCUCGAUUGUUUGCAGAUUCUAUGAGUAGUGAUGACAUUAAGACAAAUGUGCCGCCAGACCUAUUUAGAACCAAAACAAAGUAUGACGACUCUAAUGUCAAACUUGGUGAUAUUCCUCGGUCUGAAAAGGUGAUUGAAAAGUUCAAGAAGGAAUGUAAAGAGAAAAAGAAGAAGAAAAAGAGAAAUAGAGAGGAUCGACAAAGUCGCAAAGAACAUCAUUAUUAUGAAAAUGAAAGGCCUUCUAAGCAAGAUAGUAACAUUUUUGAAAGACACAUAGAUAUGUCGCCGAAAACAAUCUUAAAUAUACCACUUCCGAAUGAAAAAAUAGAUAACGACAAGUCUGAUGACGCCAAAUCUCUUUCAGAGUCUCCUAGCUUGCCCCGUUUAACUGACAGCCCACCUUUUGCUGUUAAAUCAGAAGAAUUAAGUUCUAAAAAUACUGACACAGACAGUACUAGUCAGUUAUCAAUCGAUGACAGAGUUUCUAUUCAAAGUUAUGACGAAACGAAGUGUGUGGAAAUUGAUGAUAUUCCAAUGCCUCCACCCAUUGAGAACAACGUCGUUCAAGACAUCAGCGAAGUACCGCUUCCAGAAGAUCCACCUACAGAACCCAAACCAUCUGCUCCGAAUAGUGAUCUCGAGACCGAUGAUUCAAUACAAAUUUUAGAUCACCAAAAAGCAACGGAUAUCAGUGAUGACGCGGUUAGAAGUAUACCAAGUGCCGAAAAAGUACCAGAGAAACAAAUAGAAGCAACAACUACAGACAUUCAAAUUAAGAAGAUAGAAGAAAAACCAAGGGCUAUAAUUUCUCAAGAAGAAACGGAAGAUGCGGUUGCGGCUUUGCUAGGGGAAAGUUUUGGAGGAAAAGAAGAUGCUUUUGCAAAUUGUUUCGAGGAAGUAGUGGACAAUGAUAAUAAUCAAAUUGAAAUUGAGAAUUCUUCUAUUGAAAAUGAGAAUAUUCCCGAGGAAGACGCUGAAGAAAUGAGACAAGCCGUACAAAAUUUAAAUGCUUGUGAAAUGGAGAUAAAACCCGAUACUCCAGUUUCUGACAGUGAUUUUCUUCUUAUAGACACAGAUACUGAAGAAACUGAAGAGACUUCACAGGAUGCUUCUGAAAAAAUACCCGUCAAUGUGGUACCUACAUCGCAAUCACAGUCUAGUAACAUAAAGUUACCGCCUACAGCUGAACCCUCAAAUGUUAUCGUUUCAAAACCUAAAACAAUGGUGGUUCAGACAAGUCCAAAAAUACAAGUUUCAUCGAGUUUACUGAGUGCAAAAAUGUCUGAAAGCAACAGUUUUAUAACAUCAUCUCCCGUAAAGCAAGAAUCAUUAACAGCAAUAACUUCAGCACCAACCCCCGUUAUUACUUCAUGGACAUUGACCAACAAUAAAAUCGAAACGCAUACCGUCAAUACGCCCAUAAGCAAAGAUGAUGGAAAAUCAUCUCGAAUAACAACAAACAUUUUACAAAUUAGGCCAUCACAAAUUAGUAACACUUUGAUAACCAAUCCAAGUAGACUUACCGCACCAUAUCAAGUGAUAAAUCGUAUGAAUAUUAAUCAAAGAAACCAACAACAACUAUCAAAUAUGCAACCGCCAAUGAUUAAAAUACCCGAGAACCAUGUUUUGUAUCAAAAACCACAAGGGAUAGUGAUAUCUCCGCGGUUGGCUAAUGAUUCCAGACUACAAAGUCCAAAAGGUGCACAAAAUGAGGGUCUGUCGUCUCCUCGACUAGCUAACAUGACAAUAUUAUCUACGUCACCGCAAAGCCUUAAUUCUGUUGGAAUAACAUCGCAGAACGCUUUGCAGCAAAGGUCGCCAGGACACGUUACGGUUGUGCGUAUGCAGCAACCGCCGCUGAGCCCACUUCACAUCCCACACGGCGCGAGGGCUAUGAUAUCUCCUAAUAGACCAAACUCUGUCUUAGUACAGACACAAGGAGCCCCAAUACAUUUUAAUAGAUUGCCCGUGACACCAGUUUUAGCUCCUAUAUCAAAACAAUUAGGACCUAAUUUACCCCAGCAAAAUAAGAAUAUAUGCGUUCAGAACUCAACUGUAUUACAACAAAAAGGAUUGUCUGGGGAGCCAGUGAAAACCGAAAACCUAAACGAAAGUACUAAAAUUAUAUUAUCUCCCACUCAUUUACCACCAAAUUCAAACCCUUCUUUGAUGACUAAUAGAAUGUUGCCAAUGCAAAAUACUCUACACGUUGGUACGAUGAACCCUUUGCAUUUAUCCAAAAAAGUUUUGAUUAACAAUAAACCAUCAUUCGAAAAACGAGAUAUUCAACACCAAAAAACAGAGCAUAGUGGGUUAUCGUUUAAUUCGUCUCCUAUUAUACACGCAGCUAGUAUUAAUGAGUCACCAACAUCACACAUACAAACUGUUUCUAAGCCAGUAAUGUGUAAUAUUCAAGAAGGAGGUUCUAACAGAGGACAAGGUCAAAAUGUUAUUCAUGCAAUUAACCAACAACGUAUAAUUACAGCAACUACAUUAAACAAUAUUAUACAAAUUGAUAACAAUAAAGGUCAACCAACAGUCUUAUCGGUAGCAACAAUUCGUCCACCAGCAGUAUUCACUAAAUCGGAAAUAUCAAAUGCGGUAGCAGUGACAACGUCAAGUUUAACGAAUGUUGUUAUGACUCCACUUUUACUUAAAACAACAUCUAAUGCCAAUAUACCACCCAAUCGAUUGAAUACUCGCAAUGAGCAUUUUGAAAAUAAUCCUCUCUUAACUGUCAGUCGUAUUGGUAACAAUCAGGAUGAAAAAAUUUAUGAUAAGAACGGUGAUGAUAAAAAUACGAUUUUAAAAUCCAUUCCACCACCACCUCUAAAGUCACCAGAAUCAAUUGCGAAAUGUGAAACUGAUUUUGAAGAACUUUUGAAAGAUAAUACGAAUGAAAUCAAGGUUACCAAUGAUCCAGAGAAAAAACUGGAAGUGAAUGUAGGAAAGACUGUUACGGUUAUAACUCAGGGCAAUGAAAGAGCUGCUGAUUUUAUAGAGAAGUGCGAGAAAACUGAUAAAACAGCCAAUGAACAUUCCCAAGAGCCUGAAGGAAUUAUAAAAACCAACAGCGUUGAUAUUGUUAAAGAAGAGAAAAAACUUGAAAGUGUAACAGAUUCAAAUCUUGCGGAGAAAGAAAGUAACGUUCUCCAUUCAACCAUAACGGACAAAUUACCUGAUAUGGAGAAAUCGCCAUAUAUGAACCCGCAUAAUUCAGAUAUCAAAAUUGAGCAACCUAAACUAUUUAACUCUGAUAACCCGUAUAAAGAACUUUCAGCUUUUCGUGUAUCGCCAAGUAAUAAAGAAAACAAUGAAAAUGAUAUUCACACUCCAGAAGAGAAUGAAUUUUGGAGCACUAAAGAUCAAAUUAUAGAAUCUGUUAUAAAGAAAGUCGAUUCUCUUUGCAAUGAAACUUUUGACGUUAAUAUAAAGGCUCAUAUUUAUAAUGCGGUAACAGACGUAACUCCCCAAGACCAAAUUAAUCAACAUCAUCAAGUUUCAAAAGACAUUGAAAUGAAUUGUAAUGAAAAUAAUAGUCAUUUCGGCGACAGUACUGUUAAAGAGGAAUUCCCAAUGGAAAAAACAACACCAAGUAAAAGGGGUGGACGUGGUAACAGAGGUAGAAAAACUGAUAAACAAGAAAGGGUACAAACACGCCAAAUUUCAAAACCAGCUCGAGGUGGCGGCGUUAGUAAAAGAGGUAGAGGGCGCUCGACUAAAGUGGACAAGAAAGUUAAGAGCCUCGCGAAUAGUACCUUCCAUAAUAUGCCUGGAGAUGUAUAUGAUUUUCAUGAAGAUUCUGGCGACGAAACGGCGGCUUCAGCUAACAACUCUGAAUCAAGGCCGAGAUUAAUUCUAACCAUAAAAAGUCCGCUUUCAGGAAACGCGGGUGUCAUACCAACUUCCACCCUAAGCAUUACUCCAAAAGAUACCAUCAAAAUACAAGAGAAACCCAAAGAAGAAAAAAGUGAAGUGUUUGCUUCGCCCUCUACUAAUACUCGGAAAUCGAGGAGACUUCAAGAAAAAGAUAUACAAAAAGGCUCUUCGGAUGACGUUUUAGACGAAGUUGUGAAGGGAACUCCGGCAAAUAAAAUCAACGCUCGGGACACCAAUAGAAAGAGGCCCCUGAGACAAGCUGGGGCCAAACAAGCUACGGACAAAUCUCCUUCAGAUACGAGGAAGUCACCGAGAGGUACGAAGAGAUCGAGAGACAGUUUAUCUGAUGCUUCUGUCGAUAGUUCUGACGAAAAUAACAAAAAGGAAGAAACAACCAAAGACGCUAAAGUACCUAAACUUAAUGAAACGGUCGUUCAAAUGCCUGUGAUGGAAACGGAGACUAUCGUUAAGAACGUGCCGCCGCCGCCUGUAGUGAUUGCACAUCCUCAACCUGUAGUCAAUCCAACUCCUAUUAUGAAACCACCAAAGAAAAUGAUAUCAGAAAUCAGUGCGAAAUUAGCGAGUGCAUUCGAAGCGGCUGCUGGUCCGCCACCGGUAGUGAUAUCUGCGCCGGUGAUCGCCACUACUCCGGCGCCCACGACGGUACCCGUGGCUUCACCCGGCCUCGAUCGUCUCAUUCCACCAACUUUAGAAAGGCGACUGGUCGAAUUAGAACCGCCCAUUCUGACUCAUAGAGAACCCAGGCCGGCCGAACACAUUCCGAUUCAAGAGCCCAUGAGCGUUUCCCUCGGGGAACCCUCCGAUAUGACGAGCGUAGAGACCGGUCACAUACGGCGCUUGGUGGAUAAUGUUCCUGCGAAUAUGAUGCCUGUAGGAGCGACGGAGGCGACGGAUGCCAGAGUACAGUCACCAGCUCUACCUCACAGACCGCCCUCCACACAUCGGCCUGCCGAUCGCGCGACGCCUAUUCUUAUCAGAAGCGGCGGCGAGGGUAUGGAAGGUGCGGGCGUAGCGGGGGCGGCCGCUGCUGGUGCGGUGGCGGCAGCUCGUGGCUUCCGAGGCGCCUACGCUGGCCCGGCUAGUCUACCCAGAGGCGCGCAUCACCCACCUCCACCCACUACCAAGCAAGUCGCUAUCGUUGGACCUCAUCAUCAUCCUGGUUCACGAGUAACAAUCACCAGUGUGCCAGCAAUCAGCCCUCAAGGCCAAGUAAACGUGGGCGACGGAAUGUAUCCCCAUUUCUCCCAACAUCACUAUCAAAUGUAUCAGCAACAUUUCCGCGCGACCCAACAAGAUAUGCGGGCUAGCGCAUCGCCGUUCCCAAGAUGCGGAGGUGGCCUGGAAGCAGAAGGCAGCGAAGCCCCAACUCCACCUUUGGAGCUUCGGCGGCCUCCUUCGGCUAGAGUUCCGAGACCGGCUCACUCGCCGUCACCUGCUGACCGUCAUAUUUUAUACGCAGUCCGCUGCGGGCGCUCCCCUCCGCCGGCGCACGGCAGCGGUCGACCCCCGAGUGCCCUACCACCUCUCGCUGCCCCCGGCCCGCCCCAUGCCAGCCAGGUGCCCAGGGAGGCCGACUCCCUGCAGAUGCUACUGAGGCGCUACCCCGUGAUGUGGCAAGGCCUCCUCGCCCUGAAGAACGACUCGGCCGCCGUCCAGAUGCACUUCGUGGGUGGAAGUGCGGGCGUGGCCGCGGAUGCAUUAUCUCGCAGCGCAGACGGCGCGGCAACGUCGCUUCUGCGUAUCGCGCAGAGGAUGCGCCUCGAGCCUGCCCAGUUGGAUCAAGUGCAUCGGAAGAUGAAGAUGGAGAACGAGCACUGCAUGCUGCUGGCUCUGCCGUGUGGUCGCGAUCACAUGGACGUGCUCCAGCAGUCGACCAACUUGUCUGCGGGCUUCAUCACCUACCUGCAGAGGAAACAAGCCGCUGGCAUUGUCAACGUUGCACCCUCGCCGCGGCACCAACAGUCCAUGUAUACCGUACACAUAUUCCCUUCGUGCGAAUUCGCCAACGAGAACCUGAACCGAAUCGCACCGGACCUAAUGCACCGCGUGGCCAACAUAGCGCAUCUGCUCAUCGUCAUCGCUACGGCCAUCGGAUGA